AACGAUUGGUUUAAUGUAAACGAUGCGGCAACUGGUAAAUUACGAAUGAGCUGCAUAUGGAAGCCGAUACCAAUCGAAGAUAGUUUGGACACUGGCGUAGGAGCUUAUGUUGACCCAAUUGGUGUUAUUAGAGUCCAUACCAAGAAAGCCGUUGGCCUCAAAUCCUCGGGACCACUUGGAGGAAAAUGCGAUCCAUAUGUCGUCCUUAAACUCAACAACAUUUUCCGUGGCAGAACCGAAAUGAUUUUGGAUACUUGCAAUCCCGAAUGGAAUGACGAGAUAUUCUACAUACCUGUGCAUUCUAUAAGGGAAAUCAUCAAUUUAACAGUCUGGGAUUAUGAAAAUGCCGGUAAAGAUAAGCUAGUUGGAUCGACGGAAUUCAAGGUGGGGCAAUUAUUUAAGCAAAACGAAGACGGCAUGUACUCCCCUACGGAAACUCUUGAUACGUCUUUCACCUUAAGUCACAACGGAGAAAAUAGGGGACACCUGUUCUUCACAGCCAGCUAUCAUCCGACGGUACAAACGCCGAAGGUUAUAGCUGAAAAGGAAGGUGACGUCGAGAUACCGGAGGUUAUUUCAGAGGAAGGCAAAGGAGAUGCCGUUGAAGUGUCAAAUGUCGUCGAGGAGAAAAAGGUUGCCGAAGUACCAAAUGUUACUAUUAAUGAACCCGAAUGUCAAAGUGGGAUUCUAAUUGUCAACCUUAAGAAAGCUACAUUGGAGAAGAGAGGUGCCCUUGUUGAUGUUAUUGUUGAUAAUGCGUUAUUCCCCUCCUUUACCUCAAACAGUUCUAAGACCCAAAAUCCUGAAUGGAAUCAAGAAUCAAUAGGAGAGCCGGGAGCUCUAAGAUUGACGAUCAUCGAGGCCAAAGAUUUGAUCGCAGCCGAUAGUGGGG